UGUUUUGUUUACAAUGUUGAAGUGAAUGAAGUGACAAAAUAAUACUAUUGUAUUAAUUUACUUUUAAAUAUUAUCCUGACAGUUUGCCAAAAUGGCUAAUAUUCAAACACCUAUUGAUAAAUUUGAGAGACCAGAUCCUGUGCUGACGAAUAAAAUCGUAACUCAUAUAAAAUCGCAAGGAAUAUUUGAUGAAUUUCGUAGAGAAUGCAUGGCUGAUGUCGACACAAAGCCAGCGUACCAUAAUCUUCGACAGAGGGUAGAGGGUUCCGUGGCUGCAUUUCUCAGGAUGAAUCCCUGGAGGCCUGACAUGAACAAAAACCAGCUCAGAGAUAAUCUGCGAAAACACAUCCAGAGUGGAGGAUUUCUUGAUAUUGGAGUGGAUCGCAUUGUGGAUCAAGUUGUAAAUCCAAAGAUAUAUACUGUUUUUCUUCCCAAAGUUGAAGAGAUUGUGCAAAGUUGUUUAGGAAUGGAAAAUGAUAAGCCAAAGUUUGAGCCUCCACCCACCCAAGUAAACCCUGAACCAUCCAAAUUUCAAGACAAACAUAAUUUGGCAUCAAGAUCAAAACUGCCGGCUCCUUUGAUGGGGCCUAUACUCAAACCGUCGAAGCCUGUUGACCAAGAAGAGAGGAAGCCAUCUCCAGUUAAAGAGAAACCAAGAGACACUGACACCGAUGAGACAGGGGAUAAGAAGUUUGUUGUUGAUCUGACAGGAUUGCUCCGAGCUCGAUACAUUUGGGAGGACGAAUUGGAAGAUAAAGAAGAAGAAGAUGAAGACGAUGAGGAAUCACCACCCUUUGAGCCACAUUCGGAAGGUGACCCAUUAAUUCUUGGUAUGAGAAGUGACACCUCAGAAAACAGCAAUGAUAGCCAAUUAGUAACCACCAUUGUAGAUGACAAUCUAGAGGAAAGAAUAGAUAAUGACGAAUCUGCUAUCAAAGAGGAAAGUGACAAGAAAGAUGAAGACUCCAGCAGUGAUGAAUAUGUGCCUAAAACACCUACAAUUAAUACGGAAGAAUCAGAUGGCACUGUGUUUGAAUUUAACUCUAUUACUGAGUACAAGCAAUAUCAAACUAAAUUUGGAGAAGAAAGUGUUGGAAAUGUAGAAGAGGUUGUUGAAAGUCAGAGUAUGACUGAUAAUCACGAGCUUGUUAAAGAUAGUGAACAGGACAAUUCUCUCAAUGGCUUGCAGAAAAGAAAGUUCAACAAUGACAGUUACGACGAUGCAAGUAGCUCUAACAGUGAGGGAGAAAGUACUGGUGAUGAGAUUAAACCAGCAGUAUUUGAGUCAUUUAUGAAGAAACGAUUCAAACUUGAAGAUUACAGUAAUGAAAAUGAAACAAGUGAACUAAGUAAUAAUGAACCAGAGAAUGAUGAUUCUUACACAGAGAAAUCACUUGAUAUGCCAGACUCAAUGUUUGAAGCGCUGGAAAGCAACAAGCAUGAAAACAGCAGUACAAGUCCUAAAGAUUCAGAGAUAUACCAUCACAUUCAAAACGAAGAAAGCUCAGACCUACAAUCCAAAGACAAAGGGGCUGAAAGUGAACAAAACGAAAAAACAAGAUACUUUCACUCAGAAGACAAAAAAAAUACUGAUAAAAGGAGCGAGAAAGAUGUAAACUUGAGGGAACAUCACAAAGUUACUGAUAAAAAGAGAGGCGAGUCUUCAAGCAAACAUAGUGAAAAGGAAAAAGCAAAAGACCAGGAAAAGAAAAGAAAUAAAAGUACUGAAAGAACUAAAAGAGAUAAAGAAGACAGAAAAAACAGGAAAGAAAGCAGACAUGAACAAAAAGAAAACCAUAGUGAUAGUAGAGGGAGAUCAGAUCAUAGCAAAGACAAGCAUAAACAUAGUCAUAGUUCGAGUAGGCAUAGUCACCGAAGCUCAUCAGAACAUCACAGAUCAGACAAAGAACACAAACAUAAAGAAUCUCGUGACAAGCAUAGGUCUCGAGACAAAAAAUCUGAUAAAGAUAGCAAAGACGAAAGCAAGAAAAAGCAUAGGAAGCAUUGCAAAAAUACUAUUGAAAAAGAUGAAAACCGAAGAUCUUCUGAUAGAGAUAGCAGUGGCCCCAGUGGAAGUACUAAUAAGUCAAAUAGUUAUAAGUCAAGAUCUGCAAUGACUCAUAAAGAAUCUAAAGGUGAUUUUGGUGAAAGGACAACUUCUAACAGUGACAAUACAGUUUCAGAUAAUAUUGAAGAAAUCAAGGGCUCAAAAUUUGAUAUCAGUAAGAACAGUCCAAUAGCCUCUCCAAAAUCAUGUAUGGUUGAAAGUUUUUCAAGUGAAUACAUGGACUCUGAUUUGAAUAGCUCUAAAGAAGAAAAAGGACAUCAGCAAAUCGUACAACCAAACAGAGCUUUUAUAAAUAGAGAACAAGAAAUAAAUUUAAAACCCCAAGAAAACAUGUUAGACAAAAAAAAUGCUGAUGAUACGCUUAGUCUUGAGUACCAGGAAGAAAUAUCUGAAAAACUUAAAAGCUCACUGGAAGAUAUUGAUUCAUCGGAAACAAAUAUGAAUGAUGUUGGAACUAAUGAGAUGCACGAUUCAGCCAUUCCAUCUGCCUCACUUCACGAUUCAUCAUCAGAAAAAGAAAAUAUUAGUUUUGACGAAAAAGAACAGUUCAAUAAUGAGAUCGAUGGUUUGAACACUAAACAAUCAGAUGUUAACGGCUUAAAAUUCAAAAAACCAAAAAUAGCACAAAACAUUCAUGAAAUAAAGAAAAUAAUGAAAGCAAGGCGUCACAUGAAACGCAUGGAAAAGAAAAGAAUUAAAUUACUUAUGAAAAACAACAUUGAAGACUAUGAAUCGGAUGACAAAUCUUCAAAUGAAGCAAAGUCUGGGGACGAAUAUCAAAAUUGCAAUAAAUCAUCUGAUGAUGAAUCAAUAAAUGAAAGCAAAUCAGACGAAUCCGGAAAUGAUGGUUUCAAAGGAUUUACAGACGACUUUGAUAAGAAAAAAAUAGAAAAAUAUUACUCCUUGACUAAUAAACUGGAAAGACAAAUUUCGGAAUUAGGAAAUAUUGUUGAUAGUCAACAAAUCAACACCAACCUAGUUACGUCUUGGAUUGAUUUACAUCCGAGCUUUGAUGAAUACAUUGAAAAUACUUUAAACGGGAAAGUACACCGGAAAUAUAGGAUCUAUCUGCCACCUAUUUGCGAUGAAAACUACAAUUAUGACACUGAGCAAAACAUAUACUUCUUAAAACACAACUGGGAUUUGUCCGAUCAAAAAAAUACUCUAGUUGAUAGUAAUCUAAAUAAUAUAAAUUCUGUUUUCUCAGCUGACCAGCAAGAAAAUGUAGCUGUCAGUUGUACAGGUCUACCAUUGAGGCAUAAUCAACUUGAGGUUUCUACCUCUUGCCGAAACAAUACAGUAGACACUACUGUUCACAUACCGCCUGACGCAGAGGAAGAUAUUGCUUCAAGCAAUGUUAAUGAAAACAAGAAUACAAGUGAUGGCAUUAAAAAGGUUGAUGACAGUGGGAUCAUCGCACCACCACAAAGUGUAUUUAACAUAACAUUCAACCAGACUUACGAUGAAGUUUUAAAAGAAAAAGCCCAAAAUUCUGUCUUGCCUUCCAGAAGAGAGAUAGAAAACUUACAGAAGAAUCAACGCACGGUUAUUAAAAUAACUAAAAGCAAGACUACUGAACAAGUAUUCAUGAAAAAAAUGCAGUUGAAUGUAGAAGAUAAAGUUUCUAGGAUAACAAAAUCUGAAACAAUCAAUGGGGAAAUCAUUGAAAACUCUCCUGAUUCAAAAUGUUUUCCACUUAUCAGCCGAAUAACAAAAGGAAAGGACAAGUCAAAUAACACCACCUAUCCAAUAAAAAAUCAUCGAACUAACAGCAUUGUGUCUUCAAAUUCAGCCACUAACUUUAAGGAUAGAUUCCCAACGGUGGUUUCACAGGAGAUCAUUAAUGAUGUUAUUGGAAUCCAAAAUGUUACAUUAGAUCAAGGCAGCAGCAGUGACCAGGGCAGCCAGUCUGGUGAAGAAGUGUUAGAGCAGAAGCGGAGAAGGACAGGCAACAGACAGCAGAGGUACGACAGUUCAGAUCUGUACAAACCACGGCUGCAGCUGUCCUCUCGUCGUGUCCGAGGUGUGGGCUCCUCCCCAGAGGAAGCCCAAGCCCCUCAGGUUGUGACCAUUACCAAGAGGAAGAGAUCAGCUACCACAGAUUUGAACACACCUUCUUCCAAGUGUCGGCGGUGACUUUGAUACUUUCCACACCUUGUAUAUAGUAUACAGAGUAUUUUUACAAACAUUGUAAUUGAUUUACUGUAAAGUCUUCAAUGAAGUAAUUGAUUACUUUAUUACUACUAUGUAAUUUCACGAGUUCCAUGUUACCUUUUUGUUACUUAUGAUUUCUCUCAAGAUAUUAUGAUAAACUUAUAAUUUUAUUGAAAUAAUUUAAAGUUCACUUUCAAAAGUGAGGUAAUGUUUGUACUGUUUGUGUUAAGUCCAUUCAAGGAGCUGUAAUUAGCUUUAAAUUUAUUUUCAAUUACAGGUAAAAAAUAAUUUUAUUGUUUGGUUUUAAAAUAUAGAUAUU